CCGUCGCGGGCACUACAGACCAUCAGGGAAAACAAACGGACCGCGAGAGUGGUAGCAGUAGCAGCGGGAUAUACGAGGACUGGACACAACGUGGAAAAUGCAACCAUACAAGUACAGCCGGAUUGUGGGAACACCAGAGUCCGCCAAUGAGACAGGGGAGGACGACCCGGACGAAGACGACGCACGCUACCAGAAACGAGGGGCAAGAGUAAAGAUCGAAGUGGAUGAGUGGGUCAAGAAGAGCGAUAAUACACAGGACGAGAACGAUCAUCGAUGGAAAAGAGAACAAGGACAAGCAUGGAAAAGGAAAGCAUCUUGGAUGCGGGAUUGAG